CCGGCUCAACUCGUUGUUUGCUACGCCUUUCAUACUUAUCGUCACUAAGACCUUUGUUUUUGAUCCUACAAUAUGAGCGACAAGAAGCGCAAGCUUAUCGAAGAGGCAGUCAAGCCCGAGGGCAAGAAAGUCAAGCGCGACGAAAAGAAGGAGAAGAAAGAAAAGCGCAAGGCCAAGGAUGCUGUUGAGGAAGUAGAGAUCGAGGAGGUGCCCGUCGAAGAGAAGAACGACAAGAAGGAGAAGAAAGAGAAGAAGGAAAAGAAGGACAAGAAAGACAAGAAGGAGAAGAAGGAAAAGAAGGAAAAGAAGGAAAAGUCCAGCGAAAAUGCGGAUGCCGCCGAGGAUAAGGAGGUAGAGAAGCAAGCAUCCGAGGCCAUGGAUGUGGAUGCUCAGGAGCCUCAGGAACAGCAGAAGAAGGAGAAAAAAGAGAAGAAGGACAAGAAGGACAAGAAGGAUAAGAAGGCAAAGAAGGACAAAAAGGCUCAGGCAGAAACCCCAGCCUCCGAGACCCCAGCGGAAGAAUCCGCCCAGGCCGAGGAGCCGAGUCAGAAGGGAAACCGGUUCAUUUGCUUUGUUGGCAACCUCCCCUACUCCGCCAACCGCGAAUCUCUGACCGCGCACUUCGAGAAGAUAUCGCCGGUAUCCGUCCGUGUGGCCACCGAAAAGGACAAGCCAACCAAGUGUCGUGGCUUCGGAUUUAUUGAAUUCGACAACUACGAUCGUAUGAAGACCUGCCUCAAGCUAUACCAUCACUCUAUGUUCGAUGAUAAGAAGUACCCGCCCCGGCGGAUCAAUGUUGAGCUGACCGCCGGCGGGGGCGGCAAGUCUGAACACCGGAAAGCGAAGAUCGAAGCGAAGAACAAGAAGCUUUUCGAAGAGAGACAGCGAAAUGCUAAGGAGAUCUCCAGAGAGAAGGAGCGCAGAGCCCACGAGGAGGAGACCGGGGAGGAUGCCUAUGCAGGCGUUCAUCCUAGUCGCCGAAACCGUAUGGCCUAAAAAACCCGCUCUCUCCAUGACUAGAUCACUCUGGGCCGAUUCCUGAAAAGCAAUCCUUGUGGUUUUUGUGCUCGCUUAGAAAGAUAUCCUUUUGUUCUCUUUUUCUCAUGCAGUGUCAAGCAAUAUAUAGACUUGAAGAGACCAACAAUGUAUAUGACUGGGCUCUGGCU